AUGGGUAACUCCAAUAGGAGGGAGACGACUAAGAAGGAAGAUGAAGAGGAAGAUGAUUUAGUGAAGGUGGGUGAGGAGGAGCCAGGGGAGAGUGGUGGAAAAGACGAUUCAAAAGAUUGUAGCGGGAGAGUGGAAGUGAAGGGUAGAGGACUGCUGGACGAGAGUCUAAUCAACAUCUUCUUCUAUGAGAACUACUUCAAGAAUUUCUUUAAUUUACACGAGAUUAACAAGUACGUUUUUACGGCGAAUAGCACCAAGGGAGGAUAUGAGAUCGAGGGUGGUGGUGAGGACAAAGAGGAUACAAGUGAAGAAACUUCAAAAAUUAGGAAUAACAAGAAGAUCGAAGAAAUGACCCUCUACAAUAAUAGGUACAUUGUGAACUUCCUAGACGAUACGAUAAAAUCUAAAAUUGAGAUAGCCAACUUUAUUUCUUUUUAUUUUUUUUUUCAAAGUGUGAAGAAUAAGGGGGUGACCGAUUCCGUAAGGAGGAAGGACCUGUCCGAUAUUAACUACAUAUAUAGGAAGGUUAGGAAGUCGAAGAGGUAUAUUGCGUCUAACCAGAUGCAUACUUGCAUCAGGAAUUAUUUGUACCACAUUGAUAGGAGGAAAUUUCCUAUUUGGAAUGAUUCCGUGGGGUGUGAGAGAUCGAGCGGAAAGGAUGUACUUAAGAAUGUGGGGGUAGGAGAAAUAGCUGAGGAGGUAAGACGGAGAAGUGACAUGGGAGACUCGGAUACCUUGAAGGAGAUGGAGCCGCAGAGAAGUCUGAAGGGAAUCCUCCGUGAAGUGAAAAAGGGGCAAAGUGGCAAAACGAAAGGGGAGGGAUGCCCGAGCAAAUGGAAAAAGAAUGUACCCCACAGGGUGAAGAUAGAAGAAGACAAAGUUACAUUUCGUCGGAAGAGCACCUUGGGUAGGAAAUACGAAGAGGCCUUUUCUUUGUACAAUACAGGCAAAAAUUAUCGUCGUGCGAGGAGGGGGGGGAUGGGCGAUGUGGAGGGAAAGAGGAAGGAUAGGGAGGAACCUGGUGAGAAGGAAAAACUUGAAGAGGAACCCGAAGAUGAUGCGCACCUACGCGGGCAUGUCGAUGGGAUACAGUUAAGUAAGGACGGACAUGUGUCUGGGAAUGGUCUGGACACUCCACUGAAGAGCGAAAUGGGAAAAAGAAAAAGCGACAACUCUUCCUACGCAGUGUAUAUUAAAAAGACCCUUUCGAAGGUAUUCAAUAGAUACGAAAUAAAUAGAUACGGAUUGGUGAGGAAGAAAAAGAAGAAAGGAAAUGUGUUCUUGGGACAUCUACUUAAGGAGCAAAUGAACAUGGGGAUUUCUUUCUCCCCAGCGGGUUUGUUAAUACCAUACCACUUAGGUGUGAGCAGUUUGUUAAUAGAAAAGAACAUACUUAACAUACAUACGAGUAUAGCGGGUUCAUCAGCAGGUAGCAUCUGUGCCUGUUGUUUGGGUAUCGGCUUGAGUGUAGACAAAUGUUUUUUUCUAAUUGAAAAUAUUAUUAGUAAUGUAUACAAGAAUGGGUGUUACCAGAAACUGCAAAAUAUGUUGAACGUGGAGCUGAACAAGUACCUUUACGCAGGUAGCUACAACUUUUUAAACAGAAGAAAUGGAAGUGUCUUUGUAGGUGUCACACAGAUACUGCCCUACUACAAGAGAUUGAAUAUAACAAGAUUUUACGAUGACAGUGAUCUCAUCAACGCAGUGAUCGCCUCGUGUAACAUUCCCAUGUAUUUGUCGAAUAAUAUUUUUGUAAACUUUAGAAAUAAAAAGUGCAUUGAUGGAUUAUUCAGCACGAAGAAGAAGGAUUUUGGGUGUCCCAACACGAAGACGGAUCGUAUAGUGAAGGUUUCUCCCUUUGAUUCCGACUAUGUGGGUAUUGAAAACAAAAACAACAGUGUUAUUAGUCCCCACAUGGUUAAGUAUAGACACUUGAUUUUCCUGUUUCUGUGUGUGAAGAAUUUAUUUCACCGAGUGGUGGACAACGUAUGGGUGGAGAAGGAUUACGCAUUUCUGAUUCAGCGAUUGAAAAGGAUUAUGGAUUUAAGGAUUUUCUCCUGGGGGGAGUUUUUGCGUGAUUACUUCUGCACCCCGGGGGGGGGAGGGGCACUUAUCACGGUUAGCAUGGAUAGAGGUACUGAUGUAGGCGAUUCAGGUGGUCUGGAGAUUCCUUGCGAGGCGGGUUCCUCCGAACUGAUCCACCGCCUGGAGGUGAAGCUUAACCGUUUCCGAUGCACACGUGGGAAUGCCUCCGCUAAGGAGAUUUUCCUGAGGGUGAACCGGGAGGCCCUUGCCCAGUUCGAUCGGCACAACUGCAAGUAUACCAAUUUUUACAACUUCUCCGUGACGCUAAUAAAUGUGAUGAGCGCCUAUUUUGAGGAGAACUUCUUCCCCAGCAGGAGAUUGAAGGGGGUAGUUCUGGGGGUGUUGCGGGCCGAUGGGGAAGGCACAGCAGGAGAGGCGAACGGAGAGGCGAACGGAGCGACGAACGGAGAGAAGAAUAGAGAGAAGAAUAGAGAGAAGAAUGGAGAGGACGCUGAACUGGAAAGCAUUUACCUCCUACUGGAGAAGGAAAAAUUGCUGAGAAUGGAGGAGUACAUACGAUUUCACCCCAAGUUGGAGAGUGAAGUCAUUUUGUUUUUUUUCAAGGAGCAUUUCGCCAACGAAAGCAUCUUACGGCUGGAAAAGAGGUUCUUAAAGAGGAGCAUCCACGAGUUAGUAGAUGCACUGAAGGAUAUUUGUUUUGUUGAUUGUGUAGAGAGGUGUGUGCGCCGGUUAGUUUGCUUCAGUCGUAACGCUGAGAAGGAUGAUGGGAAAUCGGUUUUGUCUGGCUCGAGGGGGGAGCCCCUAGCAGGGGAGUUCCAACCACGCGUGAGAGCGAUCACCCAUUAUUUGAAGCAUAUCCAGAUUUAUAAGAACUUCAUUUACAUACUGAACGAAAUAAAAGCGGCUAACGGAAGAGUAGUUAAGGUUAGCGAGCACAACUAUUACACUUUCAUGUGUCUGAACGGGGAGGACAUAAACGAUUCUUACCUCUUUUUGUACCUCUACCUGUAUGCCAAUUUAUGCCAUCGGGUGUUGUUCGCCCGUACGGAGGGGGGGAAAGACGGCGUAGGAAGGGGUAAUAACUGUCUCUGUGGGUUAUCUGGCUCCAAGGCGCGAGGAAGAAUGUCCCCCCCGACUGAAGGCAACAAUUGUGGUGAAGGAACUCCGGGGGGUUACAUACCCAGAGGAGAUAACCAUUUGGAAGAGCAUAUGAUGCAGAAGAAAGAUUCGGUGGCGAAUUUAAGUGACGAGUCGCGAGCAGUGAGCUUAACGAAGAGAUUCACGGAGUUGUGGUCGGUGAGGAGGCGCAGUGGAGAAAUAGAAACGCUUGACGAGGAGAAGGAAAAGUAUAAGAUGCAGAACUCUACGGAGAAUUGUCAUGCAAGUCAUGUUGAUCUGUUUAUGAGAAAAAGGGAAGAACUAGAAGUAGGUGGAGAACCCCAACUGAACUGUUCCGAUAAAAAUAAAUUUGAGAAAGGCCUUCCUGAGGUGCUGAAGAAUUUGCUCCUUUUUAACCAUGAUUGUGGAUUCAUUAACAGAGUGGACGAAUUUGUGAAGACGAAUGAGAAUAAAAUAACUAUGAUGAAUGAGCAGCGUAGAAGUGAAAUUUGCUCGCACUUGUAUGAAAUUGAUGAGCUGUACAAAGAGAUGUUAUUUUUGCAGAGAUUUGUUUUUUCUAUUAAUUUUUCCGAUCAGACAAAGUAUAAGUUUCUGCGAAAGGGGAGUAACGGCAAAGUGGAGGGAAGUAAAUGUGGAGGCUGCACGAAGGAAGAGUUAGUAGGGCAAAUGUCAGCAAGGAAAGAACGAGUGAGGAUGACAGGUUGUCAUAGAACAGGAAGAGAGGGAGUAGAAAGAACAAUCUGCACAAGUAUUGAAGAAAUGUUCGUUUAUGGCUCGAUGGAGAGGAAAAUCUCCAAUGUUGAGAUGGUUACUACAGAGAUGAUUGAUAAUAAAUUAACGGAAGACAUGCAGAAGGUAUCUUUAAAAAGUGAAGAUGACUGGACAAGGAGAAGAAGAGGAUCUGAUAUCUUUCCGGAGGGGCGCUCUCCUCAACAAAUGCGGAAUGAAGUGUCGAUGCAUGAUGAUUCUCCUGAUAAUUUUGUUGACGAUGUAGAGACGAGUAUAGAUAAAAAAUUAUAUGAUAAUGAUAGAACGUAUUUUGUAAAGAAUGUUUUUUCCAUGAGGAAGUUACUUAAGAUGGCAUUUGAAGGAGCAGAUGACAAAGUGAUAAGGAAGAUUUACGACCUAGGUCGCAGUGACACUUACCUGUGGUUAUACAUCGAGUAUUUGAAUGUGUGCAUUUUUUGCUUUAGGAAGGUGUAUCUUUUAUAUGUGAAGUUAGUUUCUGUUUUCGCUUCUUUGCUUGGGAUUACGAAUUUAAGCAAGAGAAGAAGGAGGAUGAGGAAUGACGGAGGUUCCGCUAUGCUCAGUUCGGUGGAUAAGUUUAUCCUUUACGUUAACGGAAGAGCGUUCAACAUGUUCGAACUGUGCAAUUUUGUUUAUGUGUGUUUAGGGGGAGGGGUGGGAUCAUUAGGUAGUGUAGCAGGAGGGGAAGGUUCAUCGCAGAUGAAUUUGGUACAAGCAGUGGGUGAUGUGGGUGAUGUGGGGGAGGAGCUUACGCGGGACGCCUUUCGAAGGAAGUGGUCCUCUGGGUACACUGUUCACGUGGACAGGGGGGGAGAGGGGAAGAAGUUGAAGGCGAAACGGGAACCGACGGAAGAGCAGGAGGACGAGGACAGUGCUUCGGGUACGACAUUAGCUAAGCGUGAGAGACAACAAAUCCCUGAGGGGACAUUGGCCCAUCACCAUCUGGAGGAUGCUCAAGGGGUGGAUGGAAAGGUGUGCCAUGAACAUCAGUCGUCUAGGAAGUGUAAACGGGGGAGUGAGUACCUCAAGGGGAAGGGGAAAGGGAAAGGAAAAGAAAAAGAAGAACGAAGUGGAAAUUGUCAAAUCAGAAAUCCCAGCGGAGACGAGAAGGAGAAUCAAGCCCACCGGAGUAGGAACACUGGAAGAGUAAUGAGGGGCUUCCACCCAAAUAGAGUCUCCAAGACGAAGCAAAAGAAAGGUAAUCAAAGGGAUGGAAAGGAAAGAAAACCAAGAAGUAUAAGUCUACCGAUAGAUCUUCACAAAACCGUUUUGAAAAUGCGCCAUUUGAGGGGGAAAAUAAAAUUAAAUGAAAACAUUAUUGAUGGGAUUAAUAGGGAGAUACUGAUUGGCACUCCAUACGAGCACAUUUACACGCACUCGAAUUUUUGGAUAUACUCCUCGUCAGAUGAGAGUGAUGGAAGGAAUCCUUGCGACAAUGGGUUUUAUCUGAACAGUGGAGACGCCACGGAUUCGUGCUUCGAUUCUGUGUUUGACGACCUGUUGGAUGAGGCGGAUGGCUUCUCCAAGAUUUCGAGUUUUUUCCGAACAUUCAGGAACAUGGACGGUAAUUUAGGUCUCUCGGGUUACUUCGGCUUUUGA